CACAAAACCAUAAAAACAGCGCACCCUACAUACCAGACUCCAUCCGUGGUGCCCAAUGUCCAAGACCAUCACCGAGCAAGCGACAGAGGAAGUCAAAGAGGUCAAGACAGAGAUUGUUGAAGGCCAAGUCGAUUCAUUGGAUUCCAAUGCGCGUUACCUAGGAUACCUGGCGCGUGCGCAACGUUACUUGCUCACUUCUUCCCGUUAUGUCGCUUACACUUCUGAUAUCGGCGAGGCAUUCCGUCCUGUUGUGCCCCCAGCAGUCGUUACCGCUGGUUAUGCGGUUUCUUGGCUUUACUUAAUUGGCGAUGUCGGGUAUGAAGGCUACAAGGCGAAAUACGUCCACGAUGAAGCCAAUGGUGCAGUGGGUACACUCAUGGUGAAACGAUCCAUCUUCCAAGGUCUCGCUUCGAUGGCCUUGCCAGCAUUCACAAUCCACUCAACCGUCAAGUACUCUGCGAAACUCUUCAAGAAUGUGCAGAACCCAAAGGUCAACGGAUGGGGUCCAACAGUCAUGGGACUGGCUGUUGUUCCUGCUCUACCAUAUCUUUUUGAUCAUCCCGUGGAGUACGCUGUGGAUACGGUCUUUGACAAGAUUGAAGCAGCGCUUGGUGUAUCGGCCAAGAACGAGUCGCGCGCUACUCGAGACCCGGAGGCGAAGAAGGAGCUAUAGACUCAUUGUUCCACAGUGCCAUGUACACUAGGCUUGCUUUAGAAGGACAUCCCCACAA